CGUGAAAGGGGCAACUUCAUAAUUUCCCAUGCUUGGCACUAUCGAUCUCUGGUGCGUUUGGCACUGUCACCUUGCUGACAGCUCACACAGUCACACGCCAUGUCCCUCUGCUCUGCCUCUGCUUCCCCCUGGGAGCAGAGGAAUUCAGGGUAUAAAAUAAUUCCCGGGAAAACACAGAGAUUCCUCUUGAUUGGAUGCUCUCUAUAAAAUUAUCACUCUCUUUCUCCCUCCCUCCCUCCCCUCCUCCCGCCUCUCUCUCUAGACUAGAAAAAAAUGGGAGAAGGCAGGGGAUUCUGUUCUCUCGCCAUCUUCUUAUUCUUCUUCAUCCUAUGCCUUGUUCAUGGCCUCAAUGGAGAAGACCCUUACAGAUUCUUUACCUGGAAAAUCACUUACGGGAAUAUCUACCCCAUGGGUAUUAAACAACAGGGGAUUUUGAUAAAUGGUCAGUUUCCAGGGCCUCAGAUGGAUGCUGUUACCAAUGACAACUUGAUAAUCAGUGUUUACAACUACUUGAAUGAGCCAUUCCUCAUAUCUUGGAAUGGCUUGCAGCAGAGGAGGAAUUCAUGGCAGGAUGGGGUCUAUGGCACUAACUGUCCAAUCCCACCAGGAAAGAACUUCACUUACAUUCUCCAAGCAAAGGAUCAGAUUGGCAGUUAUUUCUAUUUCCCAUCACUUGCAUUCCACAAGGCUGCUGGAGCAUUUGGUGGCAUCAGAAUUUGGAGCCGUCCUCGCAUUCCGGUGCCUUUCCCUCCUCCUGCUGGUGAUUACACCAUACUGGUUGGGGACUGGUUCAAGAGAAAUCACAAUGAUUUGAAAGCAAUCUUGGACAGUGGUCACAAUCUUCCCUUCCCUGAUGGACUUCUCAUCAAUGGUCGUGGGUGGAAUGGAUACACAUUCACUGUCAAUCCAGGUAGGACUUAUAGGCUCAGGAUAUCGAACGUGGGGCUUACGACUUCUAUUAACUUCAGAAUCCAGGGUCACAAGAUGAAACUGGUGGAGGUAGAGGGAUCCCACACGCUCCAAAACACAUAUUCUGCCCUUGACAUCCAUCUUGGCCAGACCUACUCAGUCUUGGUCACAGCUGAUCAGCCUGCACAGGAUUACUAUGUUGUGGUUUCUUCCCGCUUUACGUCUCCAGUGCUGACAACAACAGCCAUUCUUCACUACAGUAACUCAGCGAAGGGAGUUUGGGGUCCUCCCCCUGGUGGCCCAACCACUCAGGUUGAUUGGUCCCUCAACCAGGCCAGAUCUAUUCGAUGGAAUUUGACAGCGAGUGGUCCAAGGCCUAAUCCCCAAGGCUCCUAUCAUUAUGGAUUGAUCAAAACCUCUCGUACGAUCAUGCUGGCAAACUCUGCACCCAUUAUAAAUGGCAAGCAGAGAUAUGCUGUGAACAGUGUCUCGUUUGUUCCUGCAGACACCCCUCUGAAACUUGCAGACUAUUUCAAGAUUCCUGGAGUUUUCAGUCUUGGAAGCAUUCCCAGCAAACCCACCCGGGGAGGUGCAUACCUCCAGACCUCGGUCAUGGCUGCUGAUUUCCGAGCUUUUGUUGAGAUUGUGUUCCAAAACUGGGAGAACACCAUGCAGUCCUGGCACAUCGAUGGCUAUUCCUUCUUUGUUGUUGGCAUGGAUGGUGGGCAAUGGUCGGCUUCCAGUAGAUCACGCUACAAUUUGAGAGACACCGUUGCCCGGUGCACCGUUCAGGUAUAUCCCAAAUCAUGGACUGCGAUAUACAUUGCUCUGGACAAUAUGGGAAUGUGGAACAUAAGGUCUGAAAAUUGGGACAGGCAGUACUUGGGUCAGCAAUUCUAUCUUAGGGUUUACUCUCCAACAAAUUCAUGGAGGGAUGAGUAUCCAAUCCCAAAGAACGCUCUGCUGUGCGGUAGGGCAUCGGGUCGUCACACUCGACCUCUUUGAACAACUCCAGCUAGCUUGCUAGUAGGACUUCGAUUUUGUCAAGAGGGGAUGACUUAAAAUUUGUUAUUAGGAAGUUAGUGGAAGUGCUCAAAUAAUUGAGCAUUGAGCUUGUGUAGUUUCCUUCCAAUGUAGAGGCUUCUUGUCUGCCUUUUUUUUUUUUUUUUCUUGAGAUAGCAAACAUUAUGUUUUCAGUUCAUAUUGAGAUCUAUAAAUUCAUGAUCAAAUAAUUAACAUGGA